GAAUGAGGUCCACGUGACGGGUCAUGUGCGCGCUCGCACGACCACCUUUCAUCUGCGCUUCAUUCACAAAAUUUCUGCAACGAUGUGUUAAACUGCCUCAUCACUUGAGUCUUCGUGUACAAUGCACACAGAUGGUGCACACUCCAUCUCUGGCGAUGACGCCGCCAUAAUGACUCUGCGUGAGGCGGUGAAAGAAAUCACCAUAGGGAGCUUCGCAGGCGUCGUCUCGGAGAUUGUCGAAUACCCGGCCGACCUUGCGAAAGUUCGCCUGCAAGCCCAACUCUUGACUCCGCCUUCAGAGACCAGGCAAUUGUUCAAGGGCCCAGUGGAUACCUUGGUAAAGACGUGGAGGAAUGAAGGUGUGCGAGGUCUAUAUCGGGGUUUGUCGGUCCCCAUCGCUGGGUCUAUGGCAGAGACGGCAGGCCUGUUCUGGUCAUACUCUUACUUUCAGAACUUGAUUCGCGUGCAAAAUUCAAUAGCAUCAUCGACGCCACUCACGAUACCCCAAGUAGCACUGGCUGGUGCUAGCGCUGGAUUUGUGGCGAGCUUCAUCGUGACUCCAAUAGAACUAGUCAAGUGCAAAAUGCAAGUGCAGCUCAUGAACACGACAACUAGCGCCCGUGUCCCGCCCAUCCACAGUGUACCCAAAUCCGUUGCUUCGCUUGUUCGGACACGACCCUCUGAAUCGCCUCUGUUCGACCUCAUUGUCAAGGAGAAGAGGCCACCGGGGCUUGUUUCCAUCGUCCGCUCCACCGUGGCCACCCACGGGCUAAAGGGUCUCUGGCUCGGGCACACGGGAACUAUCCUCCGAGAAACAGGCGGCACAGCCAGUUGGUUUGCAGUGAAGGAAUGGGUAGCCGAACGGCUGCUCGCACGACGGCUCGGCCCGGGUGUAAAGGCGGACCUGCUAUCAUGGGAAUCUGCUGUAUCCGGUGCAAUAUCUGGCGCGGCCUGCGUUCUCGCCCUGUAUCCCGCGGAUACAGUCAAGUCGGCUAUGCAGACUGAGGAGGAGCUGCUCUCCCAUCGGCGUUCUGCGGGUUACAAGCCCCGACCCCCGUCAUUCUACCGGACGUUUACGGAGAUGUAUACGAGGCAUGGUGUGAAGGGACUGUAUGCUGGGGGUGGGAUGACGAUGAUGCGUGCGGUGCCCAGCAGCGGCAUUGUGUUCGUCGUUUACGACGGACUUUCCGCUUGGAUUGGGUAGGGUCUUAUAUAAAUCUAGAUAAUGAACUUCCUUCUGUAGCUUUAGAUAUACUUAGUGUGAUAUACGUGUUGACUAAUAAUAGACAUCUCUGCUCACUUUCGAGAUUCCGGAACAAAGCUGGAAACAACUGAGUUGUGCUCGUGA